UCGACCAGGGUUCAGCUGUGAUUACAGGCCAUGGAGGACAGGGUGUGCUCUUCGGGAGGAAGUCUCACAUGAAGUGUGUGCAGAGAGCAAACCAUCGCUGAAAGCCUUCCUCGACACAUUGUGGACUUUGACUCGGGAACACUCGGGAACAUGGCUGAUGGAAACAGUGCGCGUGCAGGAGGCUUCGUUGACACAAGCAUUCACGUGGAUGUCAAGGACUAUUACGGCAAAGUGCUGAAGAAUUCGGCGGACCUGAAGAGCAAUGCCUGUGUGCUUCCGGCCAAACCCAUCCCCGCCUUCAUCCGCCAGGCUCUGAAGAAAGUGCACCCUGAAGUCACCGCCAGGUACUAUGGCUGUGGUCUGGUGGUGCCCGAGUGUUUGGAGGGCUGCAGGAUCCUGGACCUGGGCAGUGGGAGUGGAAGGGACUGCUACAUGCUGAGUCAGCUGGUUGGUGAGAAGGGCCACAUCACUGGCAUUGACAUGACGGAGGACCAGCUUGACGUGGCCAGAACAUAUGUGGACUAUCACGUGAAAGAGUUUGGCUACAAGAAGCCCAAUGUUCGUUUCAUCCAGGGCUACAUUGAGGCCCUGACAGAAUCGGGUUUGGAAAAGAGCUCAUUUGAUAUCAUUAUUUCCAACUGCGUGGUGAAUCUCUCUCCAGACAAGAAGAGAGUUCUGGCUGAAGCCUACAGCGUGCUCAAGGAUGGAGGUGAGCUGUACUUCAGUGACGUCUACAGCAGUGGAAGACUAACAGAGGAAAUUAAAAAUCACAAAGUCCUGUGGGGGGAGUGUCUUGGUGGAGCGCUCUGGUGGAAAGACCUGCUGCAAUUGGCUGAAGAAGUGGGCUUCAGCCCACCACGGCUGGUUACAGCCAGCGUCAUCACGGUUGACAACAAAGAGCUGCAGGACAUUCUGGGUGACUUCAAGUUUGUCUCUGCCACAUACCGCCUGUUCAAGGUCCCUAAAGGCAACACCAAGCCCUGUCAGGUCAUAUAUAACGGGAGCAUUACAGGGGUAGAGGACAGCUUCCAGUUUGACUGUCAAUACACAUUCAAGGUUGAUAAUGUGGUGGAGGUUGAUGGAGAGGUGGCCACCAUCCUGACCCAGUCCAGAUUUACGGAAGACUUCACUUUACAGCCACCGGGACGUCCCUGUGAGCCCUGUGGAGCCAAACCUAAGGCAGGCAUUGUGGAUCCUUUCGAGCUGGUCCUUCAGCUGAAGAAACAAAGUCCGGGUUCAGCCACAGGGGGGUGCUGCAGCACACAGUCCGCUGCCUGCUGCAAAUGAUGGUGGGAAGAGCGCUGAGAAAUACAGGCCCAGCAUCAUACUGUGUAUGAAUAAUGAAAGAUGUUCAAAUGUACUGACUUAAAUCAUGCCUUAUGAUGCAAUGGCAAUAUGUUGUGUCUUAUUAACAUUUUAAAUUAUAUUUCAGGCAGGAAUUAAAAGGAAUCACUUAUACAUAAACAUGUGUCUUAUUGAUGUUCUGUGAAUACUUGCUUGUCAAUCCUUCAACUUGCAAAACAGAAAAGACUGUAAACGUUCAUUUAAUUUAUUUGACUAAUAAAAAAUCAAAAUGCC